GGAUGUCGGGCGUGCGGGAAAUACCGGCGGAGGACAGCAUCAAGGUGGUGUGCCGCUUUCGGCCACUGAACGAUAGUGAGGAGCUUGCGGGAUCAAAGUUCGUCGUCAAGUUCCCGUCCGGCCCGGAGGAAAACUGUCUCUCGAUCGGGGGCAAAGUGUACCUGUUCGACAAAGUGUUCAAACCGAACGCGACACAGGAAAAGGUGUACAAUGAGGCGGCCAAGUCGAUCGUGUCGGAUGUGCUCGCCGGCUACAACGGCACAAUCUUUGCGUACGGCCAGACGUCGUCCGGUAAAACGCAUACGAUGGAGGGCGUGAUCGGCGAUCCGGCGAAGCAGGGCAUCAUCCCGCGCAUCGUGAACGACAUCUUCAACCACAUCUACACGAUGGAGAUGAACAUCGAGUUCCACAUCAAGGUGUCGUACUACGAAAUCUACAUGGACAAGAUCCGCGAUCUGCUGGACGUGUCGAAGGUGAACCUGAGCGUGCACGAGGACAAAAACCGGGUGCCGUACGUGAAGGGUGCGUCCGAACGGUUCGUCUCGAGCCCGGAGGAGGUGUUCGAGGUGAUCGAGGAGGGCAAAUCGAAUCGCCACAUCGCGGUGACGAACAUGAACGAACACUCGUCCCGCUCGCAUUCCGUGUUUCUGAUCAACGUGAAGCAGGAAAACAUGGAAAAUGAGAAGAAGCUGUCCGGCAAGCUGUAUCUGGUCGAUUUGGCCGGCUCGGAGAAGGUGUCGAAAACGGGUGCAGAAGGUACGGUGCUAGAUGAGGCGAAAAACAUCAACAAAUCGCUGUCGGCGCUCGGCAAUGUGAUCUCGGCGUUGGCUGACGGCAACAAGACCCACAUCCCGUACCGUGACUCCAAGCUGACGCGUAUCCUGCAGGAAUCGCUCGGUGGUAAUGCGCGCACCACGAUCGUUAUUUGCUGUUCACCUGCCAGUUUCAACGAGUCGGAAACGAAGUCAACGCUAGAUUUCGGACGCAGAGCAAAGACGGUAAAGAACGUGGUAUGCGUCAACGAGGAACUAACGGCGGAAGAGUGGAAGCGAAGAUACGAGCGAGAAAAGGAGAAGAACACGAAACUAAAGGGCAAAAUCGAAAAGCUCGAGGCGGAACUGGCCCGGUGGCGUGCGGGCGAAACUGUCAAUGUGGAGGAGCAGCUCGAUCUGCAGCAGGACGCAAUGGAGGUGAGCACACCGAACGUGGAGGUGCUGUUGGGUCAACCGGCCGAUCUGCCCGUACCGGCAAUACCGGGCGGCGGUGGUCUACCGCUGUCGGCCGAACGCGACACGCUCGAGGUGGAGCGGGAACGCCUGUACCAGCAGCUGGAUGAGAAGGACGAGGAGAUCAACCAGCAGUCGCAGUACGUGGAGAAGUUGAAGGAGCAAAUCAUCGACCAGGAGGAACUGAUCGCUAACACGCGCCGCGACUACGAGAACCUGCAGUCGGAGAUGACGCGCAUCCAGCAGGAGAACGAAAACGCCAAGGAGGAGGUGAAGGAGGUGCUACAGGCGCUGGAAGAGCUGGCCGUCAACUACGACCAGAAGUCGCAAGAGAUCGAGCUGAAGAACAAGGAGAUCGAUACGGUGAACGAGGAGCUGCAGCAGAAGCAGGGCACACUGAACAGUGUCCAGUCGGAGCUGCAGCAGCUGAAGGAUAUGUCCUCGCACCAGAAGAAGCGCAUCAACGAGAUGCUGACCAAUCUGUUGCGUGAUCUGUCGGAGGUGGGGCAAGCGCUCGCCGCCGACCAGAACGAGAUGAAGAUGAACGUGGAAGCGUCCGCCGGCAAGGUCGAGGAAGAGUUCACCGUUGCCCGGCUGUACAUCAGCAAGAUGAAGUCGGAGGCGAAGAAUUUGUCCGCUCGGUGCGCUAACCUCGAGUCGUUACAGCAGGACACCUGCAAAAAGGUGUCCGAGUACGAGAAGGAGCUGAGCGAGUGCCGGUUGCUAAUCUCGCAGCAUAAGGCACGCAUGAACUCGCUGCAGGAAUCGAUGCGUGAGGCGGAGAACAAGAAGCGCACGCUCGAGGAGAACAUUGACGCGUUACGGGAGGAGUGUGCGAAGUUGAAGGCGGCCGAACAGGUGUCGGCAGUGAAUGCGGAGGAGAAGCAACGUGCCGAUCAGUUGAAGGUGGCGUUCGAGAGCCAGAUGGACCAGUUGCGGGACGUCCACACCAAACAGGUGUCCGCACUGCGGGACGAAAUUUCCGAGAAGCAGGAGCUGAUCAACGAACUGAAGGACACCAACCAGAAACUGACGCUUGCCCACCAGCAGAUGACGGUCGACUACGAGAAGCUGAAGCAGGAGGAGCAGGAAAAGUCGUCCAAACUGCAGACGCUUAUGUCAGUAUCUCCUUCCCUACAUUCGCUUCUACUAACACCGUCACAGCAUCCUCUCCAACACCAUCAUCAUCCUUCUAAUCUUGACUCGAACAAGCUCCUAGAACAGCAACAACAGCAGCAGCAAUAUCAAGAAAAGCAGCCUGAUUGGUUUGCGCUGGAGGCGGACACGGUUCCUCCCUCGAAGCAACACUUCCUGUCGCCCACUACCGGUUCGCCCCGUUCCGGUCUAGGAUCGCCCGUUUCUAGUCAAAGUCAGACCGCAUCGCUAGUGCGUUUGCUGCAGGCCGUCCUCAGUGAGGAUGAUCAGCAGCAACAGCAGUGUAAGACACCGUCGUCCAACGCGGGCCUUUUGUCCUCCUCUCCGUCGCAUCCGGGUGCUCAGCGCCCGUCGAAGCGCGACAAGAAUCGGGCAAACGAAGAGAAUGCCAAACUAACAGCGUCGUCCACGCCGGAACGUGGACAACAGCAGCAGCCAAGGAAACGCACCACGAAAUCACGUCGGGUGCUAAACUUCCGGGCGAAACGCGACGAUGAGCGGGAAACGCCCGGUCUGGCGGCGGCGGUAUCGAACCCUACCCGGCAGCAGCAUCAACAUACCCAGUCGCAGCUCCGGUGCCGUUCGGCCGAUUCCUCCCCAGCGGCGCCAUCGUGCGUUAGCCAGGAGCUGGAAAAUGUGUGCGGAUGGCCGGGCCGACUGAUUAGCUCGCUGCUGCCGAAGGGCAUGCCGACGCUUCAGCUCCAUCUGCUUAUUUCGCUCACGAUGGUGCUCCUAACGCACCGCUGUCCACAGUUUAUGCUGGUGUUGUAA